AUGGCGCCGCGCGCACGAGAUGUCGCAGACUCAGUGACGUCAGAGAUGCUUCCGGUGGCGCCCGGAAGUAGCUGUCCAUGGCGGCUUCCCGGCGGACGCCGUCGAGGGGAUGGUGAGGCCGCGGCGGGGCCCGGGGAAGCUGCGGUCCCCAACGGGGGCCCCGUAACGGGCGCGGGACCCCUCCGGAGCGCUCCUCUGAUGGCGUCGGGCGCGGCGAGUCGCUCCGAGGACGAGGAGCCGCUGGCGGGGCCGAAACGGGGCUCGGCCCAGGCUUCUGGAGCCGUCCCGAAGCGCCGCAGCUCUUCACGGUUCAUCAAGCGGAAGAAGUUCGAUGAUGAGUUGGUAGAGAGCAGCUUGGCCAAGUCCUCCAGCCGGGCAAAGGGGGGCGUGGAGCCGGGGCGCUGCUCGGGCAGUGAGCCGUCCUCCAGCGAGAAGAAGAAGGUCUCAAAGUCUGUGUCCACUCCUGUGGCGCCCAGCCCCGUUCCGGCCCCCAGCCUUGCCAAGCGGAUGAAGAAGAGCAAACAGCCCCUGCAGGUGACCAAGGACCUGGGCCGCUGGAAGCCUGCUGAUGACCUCCUGCUCAUCAAUGCUGUGCUGCAGACCAAUGACCUCACGUCUGUGCACCUGGGUGUGAAGUUCAGCUGCCGUUUCAACCUGCGGGAGAUCCAGGAGCGCUGGUACGCGCUGCUCUAUGACCCCAUCAUCUCCAAGUUGGCCUGCCAGGCCAUGCGCCAGCUGCACCCCGAGGCCAUCGCUGCCAUCCAGAGCAAGGUGCUGUUCAGCAAAGCUGAGGAGCAGCUGCUGAACAAAGUGGGAUCGAUGAGCCAGCCCACACUCGACACCUUCCAGGAGCUCCUCCACAAGCACCCCGAUGUCUUCUACCCCUCCAGGACAGCCAAGGCCCUGCAGCUGCACUGGCAGCUCAUGAAGCAAUACUACCUUCUGGAUGACCAAACUGUGCAGCCGCUCCCCAAGGGGGACCAGGUGCUCAAUUUCUCGGAUGCUGAGGACAUGCUGGAUGACAGCAAGCUAAAGGAUGUACGGGAUGAUGUGCUGGAGCAUGAGCUGACUGUGGCCGACCGCCGCCAGAAACGGGAGAUUCGGCAGCUGGAGCAGGAGCUGCACAAGUGGCAGGUGUUAGUUGACAGCAUCACAGGCAUGAACUCUCCAGACUUUGACAGCCAGACACUGGCUGUGCUGCGGGGUCGCAUGGUGCGGUAUCUCAUGCGCUCUCGAGAGAUCACACUGGGCAGAGCCACAAAGGACAACCAGAUUGAUGUGGACCUGGCGCUGGAGGGACCAGCCUGGAAGAUCUCUCGCAAGCAGGGUGUCAUCAAGCUGAAGAAUAAUGGGGACUUCUUCAUCGCUAAUGAGGGCCGGCGCCCCAUCUACAUUGAUGGCCGUCCUGUGCUCGGUGGCAACAAGUGGAAGCUCAACAACAAUUCUGUGGUGGAGAUCGCCAGCCUCCGCUUCGUCUUCCUCAUCAACCAGGACCUGAUCACACUCAUCAAGACGGAGGCAGCCAAGAUGGCCCAGCAGUGAGGAGGUCCCAGCCUUACAGGGAGAGAUGGGGGGAGGUCCUCCUGGCUCCCCUCAGCCGGAGGGGGAUGGGCCUCACCCUCCCCUGGCUCUAAGCUUGUGGGCCUGCAAAUAAAGUGUUUUACCCUCACAGCUGUGGCUCACAUGAAGGUGGGGAGGGGGUGGGGAGGUAAACGGACACACAAGACCCUGAGCUGUGGGGGCAAUAUUUUGAAAGUCCUUUAUUGAUAAAGGCAGAGUUGCUGUACUCACAUGUCCCAUUGAAGCAGCAGCUGAUGGUAUCCAGGAAUGUAUUUUGCAGAGCCAAAAGAACCUCAUUUGCUGCAUCUCUCCCAACCCUCCUCCUGCCAGCCCCAAGGAGUCACCCCCUGCCCUCCUACCACCUCCCUUGGAGGGGCUGAUCCCUUCCUCCACUGCACCCUAAAAUGCUGGCUGGUGGAGGCAGUAAGGAACAGAGAGCAUUAAUUAAUGGACAGUACUAACGAACACGAACAUCGCCUUUUAUUUGGACAAUGCUAAGUAACGGCCAUUGCCGCUUGGUAGCAGCUAGGAUUAGCUCUGCUAAUUGAUAUUGCUCUUUAAUUUAGAGUGGGUCUGGACAAGAGAGGGAGGUGAAUUAAACAAAGAGUUUUCCCCUCAACAUAAACCAGAGUAGAGCACGCUGUGCAGGGUGCACAGGGCCCCGCUGGCACAACGCUGGGGGUUUAGCCCUCACAAACCCCUCCUGGCUCCUUCAAACUGCCCCCUACUCCCAUUUUGCAGCACUUGUCCUCGUUGCCAGCACGAGGGCUGGGCUGUCCUGGGGUUGCUCCUUCAAUGUGAGACCCCAGGGUCAGGGCAGAGUGGGGACAAAGAGGCUGGGGGCUGCGUCCGGGCCCCCUCUGCCUACAGUGACAUCAGAGCCAUGGAAAUUUUCUAGAGGGGAAAGAAAAAGGCAACAGUGACAGCAGCAAAGGGGCCCUGAGCCCGGGUGGAGGUGCAGUAGAUGUGAGAGAAGAACACAAAGCAGACAUCAGAGAAAGAGAAGGAAAGAAAAAAAAAA